UAAUAUUGCGGAACAGUCACGUGUUGUUGACGGAAUGAAAUACGAGUGCGCGUGAAUUUUCGAAAUAAACAAUUAUAUUUCGUGAAUGUAUUUUAUAAUUACUGUAUAAGGUGUUACGUGAUUUCGAUAGCUGUCCAUCAACAUUCGAUACGUCUGGCGAAAAAAUGGGCAGAUCGAACUUGAAGAAGAAAAAAUGGACGAAGAACUUGGAGGAAGAGCCAAACGACUCAGGGGUACCGAUACCGAAUUUGCCGAACAAGUUUCUUCUGAUGCGCGUGAAAAGCGGCACGAAGAUUAGGAACGUUCUAGGGCACGCGCUGAAAGAGUUUCCCAAUUAUGGGUGCGUCGUUUGGACAUCGGCGGGCCAAGGGAUCGGAAAGGCCAUUUCCUGCGCGGAAUUGUUUAAAAAGAAGCAAGAAGGACUCCAUCAAAUCACGAACUUACGUUACGUUCAGUCGGAGAAGUCCAAAGCGGAGGAUAAACUCGAGACGAAGACGGAGACUCGUCACGUAGCAGAAAUACACAUUUUAUUAACGAAAGAAGUAAAAGAUACGACCGUACCUAGUUAUCAGGCACCCGACGAUCGCGGAGAAUUCGUGAAUGGCGAAGAAAUGAAAAAUAAGAAGAAGGGUAGGAAACAGGAGGCUGGCGGAGGCAACGUGACCUGUAUCGACGCUGAGGAAUUCGCAGCGAUGGGAUUGAGGACCGGUCAGAAAAGGCCGAAGAAAGAGCAGCAAACGGGAAUGCCGCCGAGGAAAAGUAAAAAAACGGGGAAACAAUGAUCGA